UUUUCUUUUCCGCAGAUUUCUUCAAACAACUGUUGAUCGAAUCAAAGGCAGAAUUCCACACGAUGUUCAAGCGCACUUAUGGCACAAUUUACGAACAGAAUGCCUACGUUUUCGCAGAUCUGUUCGCCGAAUUGGAACGGUACUAUGCCAAUGGAAAGGUAGAUCUUGGCGAGGCCAUGGACUCGUUCUUCAACGUGCUGUAUCAAAAAAUGUUCACCGUACUCAACUCCCAAUACUCGUUCAACAAUAAAUACCUCGGCUGUGUCAGCGAGCAUAUGAAGGAUCUGAAACCAUUUGGAGAUGUCCCCGAUAAGCUCUCGGUGCAGAUCAAGCGAUCAUUUGUCGCCACACGCACCUUCGCUCAAGCCCUAAGCUCAGCUGCUGAAGUUGCCAAAAAUAUGAUCAAUGUACGACUAACAGCCGAAUGCACUGCGCCGCUAACCAAGAUGAGUACCUGUAACACCUGUGCUGGGUUUUUGCAAAAACCAUGCUCGUCUUACUGCGUGAAUGUGAUGCGUGGAUGUUUGCAAAACUAUCUGGAACUGGACGCUGAAUGGGAUUCAUUCGUUGCAACCAUGGAGCGAGUUUCCGAUCGGCUUCUGGGCCCAUUCAACAUUGUGAUGGUAGUUGAACCGAUCAAUAUUAAAAUCUCCGAAGCAAUUAUGAAUUUUCAGGAAACUGGCCAGGAUAUUUCAAAUCGUGUUUUCCAAGGUUGCGGUAAACCCGCCCUCGGACGCCGAAGACGAGCAAUCAAUACCAAUCCAUUCGUGGAACCAAAAUUGCUCAGAAACCAUGGACUCUCGAACGACGAUUCCAAAGCUCACGAUUACGAUAGUGAUAUAUUUAUUUUGGAAGAUGAAAGUACUGUGGACGAACGGCAAAAGCGCAAUGCACAGGAUUCCUCCAGCCGGGAGCUAAAGUACGAACCUGUUCAAUUCUCCAAUGGCGAAAUCCAAUUCACCAAUAGCAAUAACCCUCCGAGCAAUCACCAACCAGGAGGGCAGGCAUCCAGUGUUGUCAACAACCGAAACAAUAAGCGGAAAAACAAUCGCAAAUCGAACGAAGAAGAAGAGAACACUCGAGAACCUAUCGACAAACUAAUAAAGGAUAUCCGCCAACGGGUGAAGGAUUCGAAGAAAUUCUGGUCGAAUUUGCCGUACAUUCUAUGUAACAAUGAAGAUGUUGCGGCGCCUCCCAGUAGUGAUGGCAAUUGUUGGAAUGGAGUGACCGUUGAUCGAUACCUCCAUAAUGUGGCAACUGAGGCUGAAAAAAAUCCAGAAUUCCCAAAUCGCUCGUCCAGCAGUCGACAAAGUGUAAUAGUCCAGCAGCAAUUGUACACGUUGAGGACCGCCAUUAGUCAGUUGCGUAAUGCCUACAAUGGUCACGAUGUAGAAUGGACUGAUCAAGAAGACAACUAUUAUGGUAGCGGAUCCGGUGGCGGCAGUGGUAUUGAUGAUGAAGACGAUACGGGAUCCGGAUUAGGUCCAUGGGAAAUUGAUGAACGCAGACCAGGCCUGCCAGAAAUAUCUACCGGAAUUUCUUCUGGUGGUACUGGCAAAGAUGGCAGCGGAAGAAGUGAUAUAGUCAACGAAGUCGACUACACUAGCCUUCGAGAUCUUCCCAAAGGUGAUAACAGUGGUAGUGGAGGAACUACCAGUACAGCAGGUUCCAGUUCACGAUUCGUGAUUUCGACUCAGUUGAUGUUUAUAAGCCAAGUGGUGUUACAGUUACUGCUUCCUUUAGCAGCAGCGAGGUUCCGCGGUUUGCUAGCCGUUGUACUGUGAUUUCUCUGAAUACCAAUUGUAUAAAUUGUAUUAUGUUGACUGGUUUUACCUAGUACCAACUAUUCAAAUCGUUGAGCGAGCGGAAGUGUGGAUUAACCAUAUAGAAUGUAUCUCAAGAUUGAACUAUCGUUUCAAGUAUGAAAGUUGUGCAUAUAUUUUAGGUAGAUCUUUUUAAUUUUGUAGGAAUGUUACUGUAUACGUUCUAAUGUGAUGAAAAUUGUUUUUUGGCGUUAUAAAGCUAAAAAUGCAGUCAAUAAUACGUAAUUUAAAAACUUUCUGAUUUCAAUACUGUCUAACUGUAUGUGAAAGUUGUUACUUAUAAAGUCAGUAGAAAAUAUCAUUAGGAAACUCUUCGCUCGAACGUAUAUCUUCCUUCACUUGCUAUCAAUUUUGUGUUAACAAACAAGUCUAAAACGGCAUUUAAUGUAACAACAGUAAUUAAUUUUUAGUGGUAUGGUAAUUGCUUUCUAGUGUUUACUACUUAAGCAUUGAAUCGAUUUGUACUGAGUACUUAAUUCCUGCCUGCCUCAUAUUAUAAACCGAUUAUUUAGUGGCAAAUAUCAACUUAAUAUUAAUUUUUGUACCUUAUUCUGCCUGCCAAUUAGUAACAAAUGAUUAUUUAAAUGUUCAACUAAAAUGCCAUUAUGCAACCAUUCCUUCCACUCUUUCGCUUUUACGUUUCAGUUUUCAACAAAGGAAGUAUGGAUCAAAUUCGAUUUCAUUAAUCAUAUUUUUAGGCCCCAAUGAAACUCUAGUCAAAUUAAAUAGUAAAAUUCUGCUUCCUUUGUAUUCUGAAAUAAUCAGAAAGCAGCAUCAGUAUUCGCUUAAAUGUUUCCAUUUCCUCACUUCCGUGAUUGCACUAAUCAGACACUAGUAACGUCCCACGUACAGUUAACACAUUUGUAAAUAUAUUUGUUUUUUUUUUAACAACAUAGAUAGUAUAACAAAAUGAAUCAAGUGAGAAUUAUGAAAGCGUGUAAAUUGAAAGCGUUAGCUAUAUUUAUUACUCUGUAAUAAUAAUAUAUUGUAUCGUGUAGAAAAUAUGUUUAAAUAGCGCUAGAUAUUGUUGUAAAAAAUAAAAUAAACAAAUAGCAACAAAGUUAUAACGACACAAGCUCGUUCAGCCAACUAAAUCUCUUAAACACAAAUUUGGUCAGCAUGUGCUGUUCAAUAACGAGUAUACAAACUGUUGAAUACGUCUCCUUGUGACUUGGAUAAAAGCGCGAAUCAAUCAUACAGGGGUUUUUUAGAAACGUAAGAAAACAUGAAAUGUGUGUUUGUACCUACAUACCAAUCAAAUGACCAUUUGAGUAAAAACAGAAAGAAAGUAAAGAUAUGGAUGGAGGCGCUUAGACCAUCCUAGACUCAACUCGAAACUGACCACUUCCAGUUAUUUCCGUUUUCUUCCGUUGUAGAAUGGCAACAUUUUGACAUAACAGCAGAAUUCAUAUCAGUGUGAAAAAGAAGAUUAUAGCAAAACACAGUGUCAGUAACUUGGCAAUUGUUGUACCACACGCACAUUUUUAGAAUAAUCAAUCAAAAAUGGUUACAAAAAAAAAAAAUUGAACUGUCCCGCAUUUACAAUGGAGUCAUCCCAACAGUGAGAUACAAUGGCAUGGUGAUACUGAGAAUAGAGUGUAUGAAUUAAUUUAUAUAAAAAAAAUGCAACAGAGUAUUGUCUAUAUAAAAUUUAUAUGCCAGAAAUAAAAGCCAAUUUAUAGUA